AUGUCCCUCCACACAACUCUCCGCCGCACCGCGGCCUCAACAACCACAAAAACACCCACAACCUUCAUCUGCACACAAUGCCGGCACGCGACUCUCCUCCGCCGCCCCAAGCGCCCCUACACAUUCACACAACUCAUCACCCUCUCGGACGGAAGCACAUUCACGCACCGCACGACCUCUCCGCUUCCAACCUACCAGUCGGCAAGGGACACGCGCAACAGCCUUUUGUGGAACCCGAGCAGCAGCAAGCUGUUGAACUUGGAAGAUGACGAAGCCGGUCGGUUAGCUGCUUUCCGUGCUAAGUAUGGGCGCAGCUGGGAUGCCAAUACUCCUGCUGAGGGCGUCGAGGGCGCUGCGGGGGAUAAGGAUGCGGAGGCCCUAGCGAGGGAGAUUCAGGAGGAAGAGGAUAAUCUUUUGGAUCUGAUCACUGGGUAUGCGCAGGAGGAGGAGACUGCGGCUGCGAAGAAGAAGAAAUAG